UUCGGAGUAGUUCGCACUUCGCUGGUCAGCGGUUGCUGCAUUUUCCUUAUUACUCUAAAAAUGUUAGCCAAUACCAGCGUCAUCCCCUCCAACUUUUCUUCACUACUAUUUCUUAAAAAUAAGAAAGUCAACACUAGAAUUUCAUUUCCAAACAGUGCAAAAAUCAAGAAUCCAAAGACCCAUUUUUUCAAGAACUCAAUCUACAAUUACAACUACAUAAAUACCAAAAUUUCAGUAUUUGGGAAAAAGGGUCGUCUGUAUAUAUGCCAUAGUUCACUAAACUUUCAAAAUCAAGAAGAUCCAAUUAUGGAAAAAGAUACAGAUGUUUCUAAUGAGGUAAGUGGUGGAAGCAAUAAUGGAGCAAGUGGAGGAGACCAAUGGGAUUGGACGACGUCGUUUUUGCUCUUUGGAUUGUGGGGUGGACUCAUGUACUAUGUUUUCUUCCUUGCUCCUAAUCAGACCCCGUUGACAGACAUGUAUUUCUUAAAGAAACUCCUUAAUUUGAAAGGAGAUGAUGGCUUCCAAAUGAAUCAAGUGCUAGUGAGUCUUUGGUACCUCAUGGGUUUGUGGCCAUUAGUUUACAGUAUGCUGCUCCUUCCUACCGCUAGAAGUUCAAAGAGCAGCAUACCUGUCUGGCCAUUUCUCGUACUUUCAUUCUUUGGUGGUGCAUAUGCUCUUAUCCCAUAUUUUGCUCUCUGGAAACCACCUCCUCCACCUGUUGAAGAAACUGAGCUUCGAAGGUGGCCUCUAAAUUUUCUCGAAUCGAAAUUGACUGCUGGGGUAACCAUGGCUGCAGGGCUAGGGAUAAUAUUUUACGCAGGUUUAUCAAAUGGAGAUGUUUGGAAGGAAUUUUACCAAUACUUCAGAGAAAGCAGAUUCAUCCAUGCAAUGUCAAUUGAUUUCAGUCUACUGUCAGCGUUUGCACCCUUCUGGAUUUACAAUGACAUGACUGCUCGAAAGUGGUAUAACAAAGGAUUUUGGCUUCUUCCCUUAUCGGUGAUUCCUUUUCUGGGUCCAGCACUAUACCUUCUCCAACGUCCAUCUAUUCCCACAAUGCCAGUCUCAUCAAGCCCAACUUCGACUGAAGAAAAAUGAUCCAAGUCUCUUGCAUCAGGAUUUCAAUGGCGUGGUACAUAUGAGCGAAAAUAAACCUACAGGUGAAACAUAUCUAAACUAAUAGUGCAGAAACUCCUCUCUGCUAUUUGUAAUGUAAAUAGUUCAGCAGUUGAACUGAAGAGUGAAGACCAUUUCUGCUGCAAAUUCCAAGACUUGUUGCUCUGUCUUCUUUUCUUCUUCUUAGUUCUUUUUUACCACCCUUGCUUUAUAUAAACCUUGUCACAUGUAUUCUUGAGAUGGUAAUUUUCGAUUUCAAGUUUAUUUUAGUU